AUUAUCAACAGGUAUGAAGGAGAAAACGAAAAGGAAACAAAAAAUGAAAAGAAGCAUUUGUCUGAAUUAUUACAAAGAAUAGAAGAGCGUAAACGAGAAAGAGCUGCUGAAAAUUCUCAAGAUGCAAAAGAACCUAAGCAUGAAAGAAAAAAAUCAAAGAGUAACGAAUUUAAUGAAAGUUCAGUGCAAAAUACCUCCACUCACGAAGUCUUUGUUAAUAAUAUUGGACAACAGUCUGAAAUAGAGAAUAUAAAUCAAGAUAGUUUGCAUAAGAAAAAAAAGAAGAAGAAGAAAAAGAAUACUGUUCAAGUAGAAGAAAAUUUUGUAGAACAUGAAACUAAUGAAAAUAAUGGUGAAGGUAUACAAAAUGAAAAUAUUGGUGAUCAAUUGAAUGAAGUGUUUAAUAAAUCUAUUGAUUCAAGCAAAGUACAGAAAGACAGAGAUCAUCAAAAAGACUUUACAAUUCUGGGUGCUAAAACUAAAAGGAAAAAACAUGAAGUUAAGAGGGUAUUACCAGACUGGUUGGCAAACCCAGAAAUUAUACCAAUUGAUUUAAAUAGUGGUCCAAGUUUAAAAGAAUUUACUUCAGUUUUAGAUUCUAAACUUAUUGAAACUUUGAAAGCUAAUAGUAUCAAUAAACUGUUUCCUGUUCAAGCACGUAUACUUUCUUGGUUACUGAAGUGUAAUAAAGAUAAAGAACAGGGAUUUUGGUUACGUGAUACAUGUGUGUCAGCUCCCACUGGCAGUGGAAAGACUUUAGCAUAUGUUUUACCAAUUGUGCAGAUAUUACAAUUUCGAUUAGUGCCAAAGAUACGUUGUUUAAUUGUUGUACCAUCACAGGAAUUGGCUGCACAAGUUUAUAAAGUAACAGUUACAUACACAUCUUAUACAAGCCUGAAGGUUGGUUUACUUUCUGGUGCAUCUCCAAUUCAACAAGAACAAAAUAGUAUUCUUAAAAAGACUGCUAGGGGAGAGUAUAUGUCUGUAGUGGAUAUAGUUGUUGCUACACCUGGACGUUUAAUAGAUCAUAUUUUGAAGACAUCAGGAUUUUCUUUGGAUGAUCUCCGAUUUCUUGUUAUUGAUGAAGCCGACAGAACUGCAGACUGGUUAGAAUAUCUUCCUGAACAUCAUUAUAAUAUUCCACGAUUAACUCUCUAUAAUCUACACCAUAGUAAAGUUCCUGCUCAGAAACUAUUAUUCAGUGCUACCUUAUCUCAAGAUCCAGAGAAAUUGAAUCGUCUUGGCCUGUUUCAACCAAUAUUGUUUACAUCUGUUUUGGUAUCAGGUAAUGACGAGGAUGUAAACUUGGAUAAGGAAAUAGGUGAUUUCAUAGGUCGAUACACGAGUCCUGAAGAAUUAACAGAACGUGCAGUAGAGUGUGUAACAGAAUUUAAACCAGUGGCUGUGUAUGAAAUGCUACUUAGAAAUGACACGACUUCUAAAACAUUAAUUUUUACUAAUUCUGGAGAAAGUGCUCAUAGACUGACACUUUUGCUGCAAUCAUUCUUAUCUGAAAAGAAUUUAAAAGUAGGAGAACUUUCUGCACAAUUGAUGCCGAAGCAACGUGAAGGCGUACUUGAAAAAUUUGCUGCUGGAGAAAUUCAAAUACUAGUAAGUUCUGAUGCCUUAGCAAGAGGUGUGGAUAUUCCAAAUGUGCAAUUAGUUAUAUCCUACGAUCUUCCUAAACAUAUUAAAGGAUACAUACAUAGAGCAGGAAGAACAGGACGCGCAGGCAAAUCUGGUACAGCAAUAUCAAUUAUUACAUCUAAACAAGUGGGAAUAUUUAAACAUAUGUUGGGUAAUGCUCAUAAAGUAAUACCAGAAAUUGAGAAAUUAGUAUUAGAUUCUGUUGCAAAUGAAAUCAGAUAUUCGAAUCAUGUAGAAAAAUUAAAGGAAGAUCUAGAGAAUGAAAAACAAACUAAUUUGCAACGUACGAAAGCUGUUAAACGAAUUCAAUCAGUAAUUACAGAAUAA